CUCCCCCAGCACCAAACAUCCAAACAUCCAACCACUCCACAGCACAACACAACACAAAAUGACCUACGACGCCCCCAUCCUAGCCCUAGCCGACUACAUCCACAACCACCAAAUAACAGGCCCCUCAGCAUUCACCUCCGCCCGCACCGCCCUCCUCGACGCUCUAGGAUGCGCCAUCGAAACAGCUUCCAAGAGCCCUGACUGCCGCGCAAUGCUCGGCCCUCCGGUCCCGGGCACGGUUGUGCCCUAUGGGUUCCGCGUGCCGGGAACAGCGCACACUGUUGAUCCCGUGAAAGGGGCUUUCGAUAUGGGCGUCUUGAUCCGGUAUCUUGAUCAUAAUGAUGCGCUGGGGGGGAAGGAAUGGGGGCAUCCAUCUGACAACCUAGGCGCCAUCCUCCCCGUAAUGGCCUGGCUCGCACAGUCCAACUCACACAAACACACAGGUCCCCCUCUCACAAUGCGCACCCUCCUCACAGCCCUCAUAAAAGCCUACGAGAUCCAAGGCGUCUACCAAAUGAGUAACGCUUUCAACGCCUUCGGCAUCGACCACGUCAUUCUCGUGAAACUUGCCUCUGCGGCCGUCACAUCCUGGCUGCUGGGCCUGACGCACGCGCAGACCUGCGCUGUGAUCUCGCAUGUCUGGGCGGACGGACACCCGAGUCGUGUUUAUCGCUCUGCGGCGAGUACCGUGUCGAGGAAGGGCUGGGCGGCGGGUGAUGCGUGUAUGCGGGCGGUGCAUCUUGCGCUGCUGGUGAGGGCGGGGCAGGGUGGAAUUCCGCGGGUGUUGACGGCGAGGCCGUUUGGGUUUUGGGCGAGGACGUUUGGGGAGGAGGGAUUUGACUUUCCCAGGGCGUUGGGGUGUUGGACUGUGGGGAAUGUGUUGUUUAAGGUUGUGCCUGUUGAGGGGCAUGCUGUUGCUGCUGUUGAGGGGGCUUUGGUGCAGGGGGGGAGGUUGAGGGGGAGGGAGGGAGGAGUGGAUGGGAUUGAGGUGGUUGAGGUUAGGACGACGAGAGCGGCGGAUAUGAUCAUCAGUAAGACAGGGCCGUUGCGAAAUGCGGCUGAUAGGGACCAUUGUUUGCAGUUUGUUGUUGCGUUGGCUCUGUUGAAGGGUGCGCCUCCUGAGGUGGAGGAUUAUUGGGAUGAUGGGCCCUGGGUGACAAGCGCGGAGCUGGAGGCUUUGCGGCGUAGGGUUGUUGUGGUGGUGGAUGAAGGGCUGACGGCGGAUUAUUUGGAUCUGGAUAAGAAGAGUAUUGGCUCUGGGGUGACGGUUCGGCUGCGUGAUGGCACUGUCCUGCCGGAGGUGUUGGUGGAGUAUCCUGUUGGUCAUGUUAAGAACCCUGCGACGGCGGCGGCCGUGCGUGAGAAGUUCUGGAAGAAUAUGCGUCUUAUGUUCACUGACGGGGAGAUUGAAGAGGUCUUGAAGGCUGUUGACCAGGACGAUUUGGGUGUUGCGGAAUUUGUUGACCUCUUCUCUCGCGGGACGUCUGCGAACUCACGGCUGUAG